AUGAAUUCUGCAAUUACUAGAAUUGAUAAAAGAUUUGUACCAUCGGCAUCAGUAUCAGUAACGCCUAUAAGUAUUUUAAUGACAAUGACACCUAAAACAAAGGAGAAUGAAAAAAAACUCCACGGAUUUACCCAUAAAUCACUUUCAGACUCGAUUCCAUCAUUAAGAUCAAAUCAACAACCAGCAUUAUCAUUACCUGUCAAAAAACGUUCACAUGAACCUCCACCAUUACCAGUACUAAUGAUUCCAAAACGUGUUCAACGUACACAAUCAUCAAAAUCAUUUCAAGUGAAAAAAAAUUAUCAACAUCAUCAUUAUCAUAAUCCAGCACAAUUAAGAGCUCAACAAAAACGAACAAUAGUAGUUCUGAAUACCGUUAUUGUUAUACCGAUAAUGGGAAAUAAACUAGACAAAAUAGAACCUGGUACUGGCCGCAAGAUUUGUCCAGAAGAAUUUGGUGUUGAAAACAAAAUUGGUUUAGCAUAUUGUGUUCUACAUCAUGCUCCAAGUGAUAUUACAUCAGAUGAGACGAUUGAAUUACGAGAAACCAUGUUAAAUGAAAUGCGAACAUUAUUAGAAGGAUUACUUCAACGUGAUGUCGAUAAAUGA